UUGGGGGGCACAGGAGAGAGACAGCGGAAGAGUGAACGCACAGUGGAGAACGCAGAGUGCGUGCGGGUGGCGAUGGCCACAGAGGAGGGGGACGGGGAGAUGACGCACGCAGACGAAAGGGUGGAGAGCACGGCGAGUCGAGCCGGAGUAGGUGAGCCUGCAGACAACAGGGAACGCCCUGGAGGAAGGGAUGAGCGCCCUGGAGGAAUGGAGGAGUGCCCUGGAGGAAGGGAGGAACGCCCUGGAGGAAGGGAGGAACGCCCUGGAGGAAGAGAGGAGCGCGCCAGAGGAAGGGAGGAACGCCCUGGAGGAAGGGAGGAACGCCUUGGAGGAAAGGAUGAACGCCCUGGAGGAAGGGAUGAGCCCCCUGGAGGAAUGGAGGAACGCCCUGGAGGAAGGGAGGAACGCCCUGGAGGAAGGGAGGAGCGCACCAGAGGAAGGGAGGAAAGCCCUGGAGGAAUGGAGGAGCGCCCUGGAGGAAGGGUGGAACGCCCUGCAGGAACGGAUGAGCGCGCAAGAGGAAGGGUGGAGAGCCCUGGAGGCAGGGAGGAGCGCCCUGGAGGAAGGGAGAAACUCCUUGGAGGAAGGGAUGAACGCCCUGGAGGAAGGGAUGAGCGCCCUGGAGGAAGGGAGGAACGCCCUGGAGGAAGGGAGGAGCGCCCUGGAGGAAGGGAGAAACUCCUUGGAGGAAGGGAGGAGCGCCCUGGAGGAAGGGAGAAACUCCUUGGAGGAAGGGAGGAACGUCCUGGAGGAAGGGUGGAGCGUGCGGACAGCAGCCAGGCAGAUGACAAGUCGGACGUGCUCUCUGUGCAAUCUCGCUACCUCCGCAGUGGCUCCUUCAGCCGGUUCUCCGUGUCCUAUGACACAGACACAGAGAGCAUCCACAUGGAGCCCAUACACCUCUCCUCGAGCCUGGCCGCAGCGCAGAUCAUCAAGGAGGGUAACGAGCGCGGACACGCCCUCAUCUACCUUGGGGUUGGCUUCUCCUUCUCGUCACAGAUCUUCAGCGCCUGCCACACUGGGUGUUGCCAGUUGUGCUAA